AUGUACACAUUUUUCAUUGCAAAAGAUGGACAAAUUUAUUUGGGUCGUUCAAAACUGGAUCGUGAAUUAUAUCCAUUGUAUGAAUUGACAGUUCGUGUAGAAGAUCAAGGUUCACCGAAAUUGUCAUCUACAACUAUUGUCCUUAUCCAUGUCUUAGAUGUGAAUGACAAUACUCCAAGAUUUAUAUUCCCUUCUGUUGGUAAUAAUACGGUAUACGUUCCAAGGGAGACAAAGUAA